AGGCUGGAAGCAAUGCUCAAGGAAAAUAGCUUGUUAGUCUAAAGUAUUCUGGUUGGCAUAUUGCUAAGCCCCCAUGUCAAUGCGCGUUCAACACUUAAGUCUAGAGAGAUCGAUGGCUGUUGAUCUGCGAAAUGUUGGUAUGAUCGAAGUAACCAUUCUGUUGGAGUUUGAUUUUAGUCUUGGUGAUCAGUUGAUGGCUAGUUCACAUUUAAAUCCACUGUGGUAUCUCGUAGAAACACAAAUUCGUCUCAGCUUUAGUAUCAUAAAUCUUGUAGAUCUGCCAUGUUCAUCCACAUGCCGGAAAUCUUUUGCUUCCUCCAGGCGGACGUCUUGGCGUAACUCAUUUGAGACAGAUAAGUUCAAAUUUCUUUGAUGCUGUUCCACAUCUUACUUAUUGAAAUAGGGCCCAUGCAUGGCCUAAAAUUCACCUAGCGGAAUAAUAUGUCUAACCGGGAGGGCGUAUAAGUGGCAUGGUUUCUGAUAAAGAGAUAUGCGUGAAGCUUGUGUGUAUGAUCAGUGCUUUAACAACGAACGGAGAAUCAGGAAGUACAAGAGCCUUUGUCAAUUUGAGAUUGAGGUCCGAGAAUGAGAAUGGUGGUUUUUGUGGGUUGUUCAUGAUCUGUGUGGCUUCUGGGCUCUUCGGUAACAAUUAUAGAUGCGUAAGUAUGUUGACAGAUUGUAAUGUACUCCGACUACUCUUUGUUGCUUGAUUCUAGGUUAAGCGAAAGCAUUAGUGCUACUUCGAAGGUUGGGUUCAGAAACUGGAAUGCGUCAGCAACUGUAAUUUGGUUUACUGCAUUCCAAUUGUGUACAGCCCUCUGCGCUAUCCCUGCUUUCAAAUAUUUGCACACACGCGACAUUGAGGGGGAGGUUGAGACGAUUGCCACACGACAUUGUGGAGUGGAGUGUGAUGGAGGGGCUCUCCUUACAUGAGAAUCUUUCUCUGGUUUAGGGCACGGUAGAGUAUUGGUAUACUUGUGCUAUCAUUUAGUGGUUGCUUUUUGGCUUACGUUGUGACUUGUCAAACUACCGCAGUCACCUACUAUUUAGGAGUUUGCUUGUGCACAACUAUGUGUGUAUCGGUUAUUUCAGGAGUGACCAAAUUUCUGAAAGGUUGUACCCAAGGUUUGAAACGGCAAAACAUGUUCAUGGUCUGACACACUGGAUGAAGACUCAUGGUCAUAUGAUCUGAAUCCAUGUUGAGUAGCAUAAAGAUCGUCGGCCCCCCAUGCCCGCAAAUGCAUCAGCAGAACAGAAGAAUGUUUGGUGGGGGAUGGCAACAACCACUGCAGAGAUCAUAGGUCGGAAAUUUCGAAUGUUCUCCGUUGGACCCUUGGUUGCUUCAUCACCGCCGAUCCCUACCGCGGGCAGAGGUCAUCUCGACGAUCGUCUAAGUCAGAAAUUUAUGUCGUAAACUCAUCAUAUUUCGUCAACAGGAUUUCGGCGGUGAACUCGAGUGCCUGGAAGCUUGAUUCGUUCUGCGAUUAGCGUUAACGGUAUGUCAAGCCCGCCUCCCAUUUACCCUGUUAUUGAAUCCACUGCCUGCUUGGCCCGCCAUUUGGCACGCAGGCUUGUGGAAAUUGGGUGCAAUGAUAUAUUCACUGUGCCGGGCGACUUCAACCUCAUCUUGCUGGAUCACCUGCUGAACGAGCCAGGCAUCAAUAAUAUUGGAUGCUGCAAUGAGAUCAACGCAGGCUACGCCGCCGAGGGUUAUGCUCGCUGGAAAGGUGUUGGUUGUGUGGUUGUUACUUUCACUGUUGGAGGCCUUAGUGUCAUUAACAGCAUCGCUGGCGCUUACAGUGAAAAUCUCCCUGUCAUUUGCAUCGUUGGGGGUCCCAAUACCAACGAUUACGGUACCAAUCGAAUCUUGCAUCAUACCAUUGGUAUUCCUGAUUUCAGUCAGGAGUUUCGAUGCUUCCAGACCGUGACCUGUUUCCAGGCCGUCAUCAACCAUUUGGAUGACGCGCAUGAGUUAGUGGAUCGCGCAAUUUCUAAAGCCCUUCACAAGAACAAGCCGGUUUACAUUAGCGUGAGCUGUAACAUUACAAAUACCGUGCACCCUUCAUUCACGGGCAGCACGAUUCCCUACACAAUCAAACAACAAGUGAGCAACAAAGUCUCUCUGGACGCUGCAGUUGAGAGUACCGUGAAGUUUCUGAAUACAUGCGCAAAACCUGUUCUCAUUGGAGGGCCUAAGAUGCGGUUGGGGAAAGCAAAAGAAGCAUUUGCCAAAUUAGUGACAGCAUGUGGGUAUGCGUAUGCUGUGAUGCCUUCUGCCAAAGGUCAAGUUUCAGAGCAGCACCCACGUUUUAUGGGGACGUAUUGGGGAGCAGUCAGCACACCCUACUGCCUUGAGAUAGUGGAGUCUGCAGAUGCUUACAUAUUUGUUGGACCCAUCUUUAACGAUUACAGCUCAGUAGGGUACUCGUUGCUGCUGAAAAAGCAACACAUGAUAAUCGUGAAUCCUGAUCGAGUUAAGGUAUGUGGAAAAGCGGAGUUUGGAUGUGUUCUCAUGAAGGACUUCGUGGAGGCGUUGGCAGAGAAGAUAGUGAAAAACUCGAAUUCAUAUGACAAUUAUAAGCGCAUCUUCGUUCCUGAAGGCACGGUUCCAUCAUCAGUACCAGGCGAGCCACUCCGCGUUAAUUCUCUGUUCAAGCACAUCCAGGGCAUGCUCUCUGGCGACACAGCCGUUCUAGCUGAGACAGGAGAUUCUUGGUUUAACUGCCAGAAACUGAGGCUGCCAGAGGACUGUGGGUACGAGUUCGAAAUGCAAUAUGGUUCAAUAGGAUGGUCAGUGGGAGCCACGCUUGGUUAUUCCCAAGCUCUGAAAGGAAUCAAACGUGUCAUUGCUUGCAUUGGUGAUGGAAGUUUCCAGGUGACUUGUCAAGAUAUUUCUACCAUGAUCCGCCAGGAGCAAAAUAGUAUCAUAUUUCUUAUCAACAAUGGAGGUUAUACGAUCGAAGUUGAGAUCCACGAUGGACCUUACAACGUGAUCAAGAAUUGGAGCUAUACAGGAUUCGUCGACGCUAUUCACAACGGUGAAGGAAAAGUCUGGACCACCAAGGUCACAACAGAAGAUGAAUUGAUACCAGCAAUCUCGACUGCCCUCGGCGCCCAGAGAGAUUGUCUCUGCUUCAUAGAAUGUGUAGUUCACAAGGAUGAUACUAGUAGGGAGCUUCUGGAGUGGGGCUCACGAGUGUCAGCAGCAAACAGCAGGCCUCCCACAUCCUACACUUGAAGACUCUGAAUCAUCAUUCCUUAUCCACGAAGUACCUGAUACCACCCAAUACACUAAGGGUUCGAACGAGAGUCUGGUCAUUGAAAUAUUCAAAGAUUCCAUUAAUUUUGCUCCUAGCUGAUGACUCUCUUUCAGGUUCAGAGCGCGAUCUCUGGAAUUGUUCAGUAAUUAGCAGUGGAGAGCAUAAUCUUUCAACACAGUUUUCUUACAGAACUGGACCACAUGUAGUUCGAAAAUAACAAUAUAAGAUGGACGUAUGUUCUUGAUACUGCAAGUUAAAGUGAAAAAAAAGAUAUGCUCGGAUGAAACCAACCAUGAGCUUGUUGUUCACCUUGAUGCAUACAAUUGCCACAACAUAUUUUGCA